GCAGGAGCUGAAUGUAUCGCAAAGUCUACCUGGGUAGAAAGCCCAGGAGACAGUGGUUGGCAGCUGACAUGCGCAAAGUUUAACACUACGUUCAUUUGUAAAAGCCCAACUCUCGAAUCUUUUACAACGCGCAAAUCAACUAAUUGGUCGUAGUAGUUCUUCUGUUUGCAUCGGCCUGUUGUUGUUCGGGCAGUGCAGCGAGCUCGGUGCUGGACGUCCGACAAACACCGAACUCGGACGUCACCCUACAACAUCCGAGCACUCAUCAACCGUUUGUUUCAAGACAUUCCUUUUGCAUAUACCCCACAGCUCCAGUCACGAAACUACAUCAUGUCAGCCUCGGACGACCUCACCAAUCUUGCGACCCCGCCAUCGUGCAUUGCAGACUUUUGUCUUAUCCCCCUGGGCACCCCCACAGCGUCGGUGUCCAAGGAAGUAGCCGAAGUGCAGCGGCUCCUCAAGAAAAGCGGUUUGGAUUAUUCGAUGCAUUCCGCGGGGACAACAGUUGAGGGCUCGUGGGACGAUGUUAUGCGGGUCAUAGGACAAUGCCAUGCGAUGCUGCAUCAGAAUGGGAUUGUGAGGAUUCAGAGUGAUAUUCGCGUGGGGAGCAGGACCGACAAGAAGCAAGGAUUCAAGGACAAGGUCGACGCUGUAGAGAAGCUGCUCAAGGAGGAUCAAGGCGCAGCGUUGUAAUGGGCCGAGUAUCGGGAUGCGCGUGACAGGGUGAAUGUGUGUGUUGUCUCAGUCGCCAGGUCAUCCACGUGUACCAACCACCUGCGAUAACGACAGAUGCAUGAAAACAAAUUUCACGACUACAGAUGAUGUGCCCGCGCGCACGGCAGAUCUGCCUGCCAAAGCUCGGGUGAUGAUGAUUCAAACAAUCGGCCGCUGCUAUUAUUGGGCCAUUUCCUACUCGACGUCGUGGAGCUGCUGGGGUAGCUGGGCUAUAGCGAAGAUGGGGAAAUUAGUACCUGACAGGCAAAACGGCAGCGAUGGAAGCAUAUUGUGUUGACAUGUGGCUAGGCGUAGGCCUUUUGAAACUUGUCGAUCAAGGUCGCACUGGUGGCAGCGAAUCACUCGCAGCGGGAUGGUAGUCUGUAACGUAGACGUGCAUA